AUGGCCAGAAAGAACACCGCGAAGGAGAAUUCAGAUGAUGGGGCUUGUUGUGAAGAGCUUUCCACGCUCACGGAUCAUUUCAUCAAACCCUACAGGUCAAUGAAUGGAUCAUAUCUCCUGCCUCUCCUCUACCUCGGAGAUACCUUCAUAAAUCUCUGUAUGCCAAAUACUAUUGGAGGUGUCUGGGGCACAGAGUUGCAUUCCUGUAGGAUUCGAAGAUUUAAAGCAUAG